AUGGAAAAUGAUGGGCUUAAAGUGGAAUCUCAAGAUCCUCUCGAGGAAGUCAAUCUGGGUACAAUCGAAAAGAGGAGAAUCACCUAUGUUAGCAAACUAGCGGAGAAGAGUGUUAAAGAGCAAAUUGUGCAGGUCCUGCACGAAUAUAAAGAUUGCUUCGCUUGGGACUAUGAAGAAAUGCCUGGUUUGGAUCGAAAUUUGGUAGAACAUAGGUUGCCUAUGAUUUUGGGGAAGAAACUAGUGAAACAAAACCCACGAAGGUUUGCUCCGCAGGUGAUCGAAAAAAUCAAAGAAGAAAUCGAGAGGCUACUGAAGGCUAAAUUAAUUCGUACUUCGAGGUACGCUGAUUGGGUAUCAAACAUUAUGCCUGUUAUAAAAAAGAAUGGAAAAAUGAGGAUUUAUAUUGCUAAAAAUGAUGUGUCGAAAACUGCCUUUAGGUGCCCAGGUGCCUUGGGAACUUACGAAUGGGUUUAUAUUGAUGACAUAGUGAUUGGAUCGAAACGAAAAAUAGAUCACAUACAACACCUGAAAUUGUCUUUCGAGAGAAUGAGGAAACAUGGGCUGAAAAUGAAUCCAUUGAAAUGUGCUUUCGGUGUUUCAGCGGGGGAUUUCCUAGGGUUCGUCGUACACCAGAAAGGCAUUGAAAUAGAUAAGAACAAGACUCGAGCCAUCAUGGAAACUAAGCCUCCUUCGAAUAAGAAGGAGUUGCAGUCUUUGUUAGGUAAGAUAAAUUUCCUUCGAAGAUUUAUUUCGAAUUUAUCAGGAAAGACUAAGGUGUUUUCCCCUUUGUUACGAUUGAAAAAGGAGGAAGAAUUUCGAUGGGACGAAAAUCAUCAAAAGGCAUUCGAGGAGAUCAAGAAUUAUUUGAUCAACCCUCCAGUGAUGGUGCCACCCUCUGAAGGAGGAAAGCUAAAAUUGUAUCUCUCGGCCAAUGAUUCGACUAUUGCGGGCAUGCUGUCGCAAGAUGACGAAAAUGGCAUCGAGAGAGCCAUUUAUUACAUCAGUAGGAUGUUAGUCGAGGCAAAAAUCAGAUACACUCCUUUGGAGAAGUUAUGUCUGAGUUUGUAUUAUGCUUGUACAAAGCUGAAGCAUUAUAUUAAACCUUAUGAUGUAUUCGUGUUCUGUCGAAAUAAUGUGAUUAAAUAUAUGUUAUCUAAGCCUAUCCUUCACUCUCGAGUUGUGAAAUGGGCUCUUGCAUUGACCGAGUAUUCGUUAACGUUUGUUCCCCUCAAAGCCACAAAAGGACAAGUAAUCGCUGAUUUUCUCGUGGAUAAUUCGAAUUUAAAUGAACAGGUUAAUUAUUUAACCACGAAAUCAUGGGAAUUAUUUUUCGAUGGAUCGAAACACGAGUUAGGAGCAGAAAUCGGAUUACUGAUUAUUUCACCGGGUGGGAUUCCCACUAAAUUCUCAUUGAGAACGAAAUCUGAAUGCUCGAAUAAUGAAACUGAAUACGAAACAUUGAUUACUGGGCUAAAAUUGCUUAAGGACUUGGGGGCAAGGAACAUAAUCAUUCGAGGUGACUCGCAACUCGUGAUUAAACGGUUAACUCGAGAAUAUAAAUGCAUGAAUAAAAAGUUACUUGAAUGCAAUUCUCGAGCUACAACUUUGUUAAAUUCAUUCGAUGAGGUCCAAUUAGAACAUAUUUCUCGUAACGAGAACGAAAUUGCGAAUGAACUAGCUCAGAUUGCAUCCAGGUACAAGAUAAGCAGGGAAUGUCUCGAAUCUCUUGUUUGUAUAAGGAAUGAGUUGAGUGACGAGCACGAAUGCCUCACCAUUGACACCUCAACCAUUCAGGACUGGAGGAAAGAGCUAAUCGAAUAUCUGCAAAGUCCAAAUUCGCAAGCUGAAAGAAAAGUGAAAUAUCGAGCUCUCAAUUACGUGAUAUUGAAUGAUGAAUUAUUCAAGAGAGGUUUCGAUGGAGUUUUGUUUAAGUGCCUCGGAAAUCAUGAGAUCUACAUAGCCAUGGCAGAGGUACAUGAAGGGAUUUGUGGUUCCCAUCAAGCGGGAGAGAAAAUGAAAUGGACUUUGUCCAGAAAAGGAUAUUUUUGGCCAAGUAUGUUCAAAGAUUGUAUCGAAUUCGCAAAAGGUUGUGAAGAGUGCCAGAAACAUGGCCCAAUACAUAGAGUACCAGCAAUCGAAUUGCACGCGAUUGUUAAGCCGUGGCCUUUUCGAGGAUGGGCAAUUGACAUAAUUGGCCAGAUCCAUCCUCCGUCAGCAAAAAACCAUAAGUACAUAAUCGUGGCCAUCGAUUAUUUUACGAAAUGGGUGGAAGCGAUUCCCACAGUAACUACAGAUCAAGGAACAGUGUUCACAGGUCGAAAAGUGGUCCAGUAUGCCCAGUCAAGAGGAAUCAAAAUGAUUACUUCGAAACCCUACUAUGCACAAGCUAAUGGCCAAGUUGAGGCUGCUAACAAAGUGAUCAUAGCUUUGAUCAAAAAGCAUAUUUCUGGUAAACCUCGAAAGUGGCAUGAAGCACUACUGCAAGUAUUAUGGGCUUAUAGAAAUUCACCUAGGAAUGCCACUCAAACUACGCCAUACAAGUUGGUGUAUGGUCACGAAGCAAUUUUGCCUAUUGAUAUCAAUUUGCAAUUCGUUCACGUGCAAAGGCAAAAUGAAUUACCAGUCGAGGAUUAUUGGAACUUAAUGUAUGAUGAACUAAUUCGACUGGAUGACGAAAGAAUGAUAGCCAUGCAAAAAGUUAUUCACCAGAAAGAAAAAAUCGCUCGAAUUUAUAACAAAAAGGUUAAGAGCAAACAAUUUUCGAGUGGAGACUUAGUCCUAAAAGUCAUCCUCUCAAUGGACCAAAAAUCUCCAGAUCGGGGUAAAUGGACCUAUAAUUGGGAAGGACCGUUCAUCAUCGAAAGACUCUACUCGAACAAUGCAUACUUGAUCUAA